CCAGUGCAGACCCAUACCGCCCGCGGUUGACGCCCUCCCUUGAUUCCGCGGGACGGCCUGAGUCUAGUCGAAUCGAGCCCUGUUGAGCCCGUCACACCGCAGACGGGAAGAAGCAAGAGGCCCUGAUAAUCUCGGCAAAGUUGCAAUACGAAGGGAGUUUGCAACCGCCGCCGUAGUAUCCCGUAGUUGCCCGUCCCGUUACGCUACGUUGAUACUGGAUUUGCCGUCAAAGGGCACUCGAGGUGCCUGGCCUACGGGAUAGCUCGGCGUACUGCAGUUAUUGGACGGCCGGCCGCUCACCCGUUUGCAUAAGUCUGUGUACGUGUACCCACAUGUGUAUACGUAUCUGCAAGUGUAAGCCUAGAUAAGUACAUAUAACUAGGGGUUGGGUCUAGCUGGGCUCGCGAAUUCGCCACUACCGUCGACUCCAACCUCUUCUACCCCUUGAUAUCAGACACCCAUCUAGCCCGCCAAAUUGUCUAUACUCUAAUACCCUAAUUGCAAUCUCUAGAUUCCCACUCUAUCUAGUAUAGGGCAGGGCGAUCCCUAGAGCCCGCCGUUAUGGCUAGGAAACUUGCAGUUUUAGGCAGCGUGCUGGCCGCUCUCAGCCCCUGCUCAACCUUGGCCCAGACUCAAGUCACGGAUUUCGACUGGGGCACCGUCCGUCCCUCCAGAUCUCUCAACUACACCGAUUGUUACGACAACCACCGCUGCGCUAAGCUUAUAGUGCCCCUCGACUGGAAUUCCCGUCAUCUCGGUGUCUACGCCACAAUCGCUAUUAUCGUGCGUCCUGCCGUCGUGGAUGAGACAGACCCAUCCUUCGGUGGUACCAUCAUCGUGAACCCGGGCGGGCCCGGGAGAUCCGGCGUCGAGUUUCUCCUGGAGAACGGUGCUAUACUUCAAGCCAGCGCCAGUGGCGGGGACAGCAACAGCAGCGAUAUCUCCCGGAACUAUGAGAUCAUGUCCUUCGACCCGCGUGGCGUCGGUCAGACGACUCCUAGCGCCGAUUGUUUCGGCGGUGACGAAUUCGCCCGCGCCAUCGCAGCCCUCGAACGACGUGCUGUGGGUCCCCUUGACGCUGGACGUUUCGUCCUCGAUCGCCAAGCCGGGCUCUUUGGUGCGUAUGGGAAGCGUUGCGCGGAAGAGGGCGUGAUACCAGGGCACAGAAACGUGCGGGCCUACUUCUCGACGGCUAGCGUGGCGAGGGACAUGGUUGAGAUUGUGGAAGAAAUCGAGAAGAAGCGGGGCGAGGCGGCAGCCGGGCAGUAUCGCGGGAGGCCGCGGCCUCAGCCUAGGCCCGUGGGCGUCGAUACCACCCCCCGGAUUCAGUACUGGGGUUUCUCGUACGGGUCCAUACUGGGUAACUACUUCGCGUCCAUGUUCCCUGGUCGUAUUGGGCGCAUGGUCCUUGAGGCUGUCGGGAAUGUCGAGGAUUACUACGCGGCCACAUUUCUCACCAACCUCAACGAGGCGCAAAUACUGUACGAGCGACUGUGGGAGACAUGCUUCGACGGUGGCGAGACUUGCCCGCUCUUCGAGCCGGAGGACACGGGCCCGGGCAGCAUUAAAGCUCGCGUGGAAGCCUUCCUCGAUGAUCUCGACGAGCAAUCGGUAUCGUACGUUGAGUCGAGCAGCAACGGCAACAACGGCGUGGGGUUUCUCUCGCGGAAUGAUGUCACCGCCGCUAUCCUCGUCGGGGCCUGUGCGCCGCUAACCGGCUUUCCAACUGUCGCUAAGACCAUUGCCGAGGCCAUGGCCGGGAACUUCACCGCGCUGUACGCAACCGUGGGCACACCGCGCGCCCAAGAUAUCUGCCCAUCGUCGUCGCCCUCGCCCUCUCAGACCCGCCGAUACACCUGGUUGGACGAGGCCCUCGCCGCCAUCAUGUGCGGUGACGGGAUCCAGCAGUCGAUGAGCCUCGACGAGUUCGAGGUGUACAUAGGGCAGCUCAAGAACCAAUCGAAGGAUUUCGGGGGCCAGUGGUCGGAGAGGCGAUUUUGGUGUCUGUCCUGGAGAGUGCGGGCGGCAUACAACUUCGGCGGGCCGUGGCGAACAGACGCCGCGGACAGCACGCCGAUAUAUGGGGUUCCGGCGGCGCCGCUACUCUUUGUAACGAGUGCCCUAGACCCUCUGACGCCGCAGACGGGCGCGUGGGCCAUGUCCGAGAAGCACACCGGGUCGCGGGUGUUGGUGCAGAACAGCAUGGGACACGGGACGCUGGGGACGCCGGGGACGUGCCGCGACGGAUACCUGGCCAGGUACUUCGCGACGGGAGAGAUUCCGCCCGAAGGUACCGUCUGCGAACCUGACUGCUUUCCGUUCCAGCCGUGUCCGGCGACGGAGGUCGCCGCGCACGACGUGGGCUGGGAGUCGUCGGGACAGACGCCCCUCUUGCGCUAGGCCGACUUGACGCGGUUCUGAUACGGGCACUGCGCGCCCCAUCCACCUUCUCCGCUAUCCUCUUGUUUGCCUACUUAUACCCGCCUGAGGGCGGGUCAACAGGCAGAGUGUGUAGGUUAGGUAUUUACGCACGACACUAAAGGUGUAAUGUCAAAGAAAGAAUUGCAGUGGCACAGCCGGACUGAAGCGGCGAUGUGGUGUGGUACCUAGGGAGGAAGUUAGAGAGAGUCUGAGGAUGAUGUAGGACCGAUCUAAGAUGUGAUUGCGUUUAUAUCUACAUGCGCUCUAGGUACCAUACCUAUAGCUAGAGGUAUCUAGGUGCGUAUGGGCAUAUGUGCACAUUUACCUACCUACCUAAUCCUGUGCGUGUGCGUGUUAGCGUCAUCAAGUUACCUGACCUGCCCGCCGCCGGUACCUGAAUCUGCGAGAGCGGGUUCCACGAGACAGGUAGCAAUGCGAUUCCGCGACAACGAG